AUGGCAGCCCCGAAGGAGAAUAACCUCUUCCCACCCGAUCCCUACUAUAUCCCUGGCUACGAGGGCUUCAUCCCGCAGUACAACUAUCAGUUUGGAGAGACCUUUGGCAAAACCACUUACCGGCUGCUGACGGACCCCGAGGUUAGGAAGAGCCCUCGCCCCUUGCUGGCGCCGCUGCACAAGCAGAAGUUCAUCGAGGACUUCAGCGGGACAAAGCACGGUGUCCAGCGUUAUCUCCCUGGGCGUCCAGGGUACUUUCCCUAUGAGAAGUUUGGGGCUGCAACAAGCUCUCCUGAACCACCUCUUGGGCCAAAACCUCCCCCACCAGUGCCAGCAGAGGAAGAGCUGAUAAUGACGCACAUGGACCCUGUGCCCCAGGACCACCCCGGCGAGUACGUCCCGGGGACACGACUGCCUCAGGGGUACCCACGGAGGAUUUCAUGCCAUCCUGCGUCUGAGGGGCGAGAAUGGCACUUGCCUGAGCUAACUCCGGCCUGUGGACAGGGGAAAAGGUGCGGACCUGGCCAGCUCGGCGGUGCCCUGGCAGUGAGCAAACCGCCUGUAAAAAUUGAAGGUGUGACUCUGCCAGGAGUGGCUGAAACUGCAGAUGUGGAGAAAGACACUUGGUUACCAGAACUGGAUAUACCACAUGUGAUCCAACAGAAAGUCAUUUCAGGGUACGCUGGAUUCAUCCCCCGCCUCACCUGGAUUCAUGGCGUGAACUAUGUCCAGGGUGUGAAGGAAGCCAUGAAUGAAUUUGAACAACAUCAGUUUUUGCAGAGAAACCCAGUUUGCAGCUUUGGCAAGAGAUUUCCCCAAACAUACUGGCCUAACCACAGGAUUUACACCAGCGCUGGACUGAUCCCUUCCUACAUGGGCUUCGUACCAGAUCUCCGACCCACCUAUGCGCUCACUUUUGGAAACAGCACCCGAAAAGCUUACCAAAAGGAACAAAGGAGACGAGCUUGUGCACUGUGA